AUUCUGCGAAAAGAAGAAACUACAGAUGCGACGAUAACUUCAGACUGUAACAAAUAUUUCGUAUUUUAAUUUUGUUUAAAGUUUCAUAAAUAAAGUAAAGGAGCGGAAAUGCCACCAAAAUUUAAAUUUUCGGAAGGAGAAAAAGUACUCUGCUUCCAUGGACCCCUAAUUUACGAGGCUAAAUGUCUCAAAAGCACAAUCACCAAAGAAAAACAAAUCAAGUAUUUUAUUCAUUACGCUGGCUGGAACAAAAAUUGGGAUGAAUGGGUACCAGAAAGUCGAGUGCUCAAAUACAACGAGGCUAAUGUGGCGAGGCAAAAGGAGGUUCAGAAAGCUCACUCCGCCCAACCGAGCAAACCAAAGAAAACGGCUAAGAAGACUGUUAUUAAAACUGAGUCAGUUAAGGAUAGUGACUCGAGAGCUAGUACUCCCAUAUCUGAAGUUAAUAAGGGUGCCAAGUCUAAAAGGGAAGCCACCACACCAUCUAGUGGACAUGAGUCGAGCUCUGAUGUAUCUCAUGUUCCUCGUAAAAAGAGAGGAAAGCUAGAUGCAACAGUAGAGUCAGAAGAGCAAUAUGUGAGCAAAGUGGAAAUAAAAAUAAAGCUUCCAGAUGAGCUUAAGCCUUGGUUGGUCGAUGAUUGGGAUUUGAUUACUAGACAAAAGAAGCUGUUUAAUUUGCCUGCCAAAAUGACCGUUGAUCAGGUUUUGAACAACUAUUUGGCUUACAAAAAGUCAAUAAAGUCAAACAACUCCAGCAAGGAGUCCGCCACACUUGAGACUAUGAAAGGUAUAAAAGAAUAUUUUAAUGUAACAUUAGGUACUCAACUUCUGUACAAGUUCGAAAGGCCGCAGUAUGCUGAUAUUCUCCAAGAAUAUCCCGACAAACCAAUGUCAGAAAUUUAUGGUGCCAUUCAUUUGUUGAGGCUCUUUGUCAAAUUGGGGUCCAUGUUAGCCUACACUCCAUUGGAUGAGAGAAGUAUGGCUCUGCUGCUGCAAAACAUUCAGGAUUUCAUGAAGUAUUUAGUGAAGAACACAGCUCAACUGUUUAGCUUACAGGAGUAUGGCAAUGCGACCCCAGAGUAUCACAGAAAAGCUCUGUGAUAUGAGGCAGAGAGUGACGGUGAUUCUGGAAGUGACCGUGAUGGAUAGUUUUUUUACAAAAAAAUUUGACUGCACGAUAAUUAGUGUGAUUAAGAGCAAAUGAAUUUUAUCUUCUUCAGUUUUAUUAAAUUACUAAAAUAGGUAACAUCUUUUAAGUAAAUCCAACACACAAAUCUUUGGUUUUGUUCAGUUUAUCUUUGUCAAACAGUGGUGACGAAAAACUUAUUUGAUCAUUAUUCAUAAAAAAAAACUAAUAUUACAAAUUUGCACUAUGAACUACUGUAAUUAUAGCACAAAAAAAUAUGUUGAAGAACAUUUUUAUGCAUGAAUAUAAUGUAUAACACCCAAAAUUUUUUUUUUGUGAAUGUUACUAUAAUUACAGCUAAAAAUUAAAAAUAAAACAUUUAUAGUAUAAAUUUGCAAUUAUUUUUUUUAAGGACGUGUAGGUCAUUUCUGAAAGUUUUCACCCUCUGUUUGACAAAGAUACACAUCACUAGAGGUUAUCACAAGUGGGUAGGGAACUUGUAUAUGCGUAACGCCAAUUUGAAAGAAAAAUAAUGUUGCAAAAAAUUAGUUGGUUAUCAAAUUUAGCGCAAAUCUAAUUUAAAUAAAAAUAUUACUGUUGCAUACCAAUCAAUAAUUAGAUGCAAAAUAGGAAACAUACAUUUGUUCUACUUAUUGUCAUUAAAAUUGUGGGUAUAAUUUGUACUAGGAUUCUUACAAUGUUUUUGUAAAAAAUGUUUUUCUAAUAAGUAAACUUGUUCGCCAUUAAAAGGAGUUAUUUGAGAAAACUGAAACUAUAUUUGUAAAAAUGUUACAUAGAAUAAAAAAAACUUAUCGGCCUAGAAAAAUUUGAACUAGUUCUUAUCAAGUAGUGGAUAGACAUCAGUCAAUUGUAUAUAAAGGCUUUCAAUGUAUUGAUAGGUUCACAUUUAUUAUGUACUUGUGAUAGACAAUUUAUUAUUGUUUUGGAUCAAUUUUUUAGUAAAAAUUAAAAAGGUGCACUGUUUUGUUUGCACUUAAGGUAUGCUCCGACAAAGUAGUUAAUUUGGCUACUGUUACUAAACAAGACUUUUGAAAAUUAAAAGUUGACCCAGAGUAGUCGCAAAUGCGUAAGUCAGGAUACAUUAGAACUACUGCGCUAUAUGGGUUAGUGAAAAUAAAACAAAAAAUUAUAAGAGCAUAUACUUUUUUAUUAAUUUGACGGUUAAAAGUAACCUGCUGAUAGUUAGAAAAACUACAUUAAGGAUCAAAUGAAUUAAAGUGAACAGGCUAUAAAAAUACCAAUAAACUAAAAUGUUAUCGACAAGCGUAAAUACCGAAAUACGAGAAAAAAAAAACUAGCAAUGG